GAUUCUUGGAUGAUUUGGUCGGCUUCCCCGCGUCCUUGUCCGUCGCGCGCGUCUUCACGUCUCCACACUUGGCCGCCUCGCCCUCGUUCUUCCGCUCUUUCGCUUCUUUCCUUCUGGGGCUCAGACGACGUGUCCACCCCGGGAGCUCGAUUCCAUCCCAUGGAGGCCGAGGCGAGAAAGCCCCUUUUGGUUCUCGCCUUCUUGCUCUGCUGCUUCGUCGGCGUGUCCACGGCGCAGUCGUACAUCGGGGUGAACUACGGCGAGGUGGCGGACAACCUGCCGGCGCCGGAGGAGACGGUGAAGCUGCUCAAGUCGACGACCAUCUCCAAGGUCAGGCUGUACGGCGUUGAUCCGGCGAUUAUGCGGGCGCUCGCCGGCACAGGUAUCUCGAUUGUGGUGGGGGUGGCCAACGGCGAGAUCCCCUCGCUGGCGGCCGACCCGGCCGCCGCGUCCCGCUGGCUCGCGGCCAACGUGCUCCCGUUCGUGCCGGCGUCGACCAUCUCCGUCGUGGCCGUCGGGAAUGAGGUCCUCGAGUCCGGGGACGCCUCCCUCGCCGCCGCGCUCCUCCCCGCCAUGCAGAACCUCCGCGCCGCCGCCGCCGCGGCAGGCGACGGGGCCGCGGGGAUCAAGUUCUCCACCGUGAACACCAUGGCCGUGCUCGCGCAGUCCGACCCGCCGUCCACCGGCGCCUUCCACCCGGACGUCGCGUCGCAGCUGCAGCAGAUCCUGGGCUUCCUGAGCAAGACCAGCGCGCCCUUCAUGAUCAACCCCUACCCCUACUUCGCCUACCAGUCCGACCCCCGGCCGGAGACGCUGGCUUUCUGCCUCUUCCAGCCCAAUGCCGGCCGCGUCGACGCCGGGUCCAAGAUCAAGUACACCAACAUGUUCGACGCGCAGCUCGAUGCCGUCAAGUCGGCGCUGGGGCGGGUCGGGUACGGCGACGUGGAGAUCGUGGUGGCGGAGACCGGGUGGCCGACCAAGGGCGACGCCGGGGAGGCCGGCGCCACGGCGGACAACGCCAGGGCGUACGUCUCCAACCUGGUCGCGCACCUGCGGUCCGGCGCCGGCACGCCGCUGAUGCCGGGCAAGUCCGUCGACACGUACCUGUUCGCGCUCUACGACGAGGACCUCAAGCCCGGCCCGAUGUCGGAGCGGUCGUUCGGGCUGUACCACACCGACCUCACCAUGGCGUUCGACGCCGGCCUGACGUCGUCGUCGGCAGGCGCGGGCGCGGGCGCGGCCUCGCCGCAGCAGCCGAGGGGCGGCGGGUGGUGCGUGGCGAGCGCCGGUGCGACGGACGCCGACCUGCAGGCCGACCUGGACUACGCAUGCGCGCAGGUGGGCGUGGACUGCAGCGCCAUCCAGGCCGGGGGCGCGUGCUUCGAGCCCAACACGGUGCGCGCCCACGCCGCGUACGCCAUGAACCAGCUCUACCAGGCCGCCGGCCGCCACCCCUGGAACUGCGACUUCCGCGCCUCCGCCACGCUCGCCUCCGACAACCCCAGCUAUGGCUCGUGUGUGUACACCGGUGGCCAAUGAUGAACACCCAUCACCGGCUUAAUCAUCUAUUAACCUCCACACCACCCCAUAACUCGUGUCUUCUGCAGUCACCAUGAUGAUGAUCUAGUACUACCAAGUUUUCCAAGCCCUACAAAACGCCUGUGCGAAAUCGAAUAAAGGCGCAAGCAAUAAUGCCAUAUUAUUAGUGGUGGUGGUUGGCUGUAAGAUGCAUAUGCUGCUGUGCCAUGGCAUCGUCCUGUCUCCACUCCAUGUUCAUCUUCUCGGCAGAUGCUUCCAUUCCUCGGCCUCUUUUUUCGGUUGCCUUUGUGGCUUUUGUGCGUGUGCGUGUGUGACUGACUGUACAUGGCGUCUCUUCUAUUUCCUCCGUUCUAUGUUAUAAAACUUUCUGCUA